AUGUUAACUCUUGCUGUGUUCUUGCUUUGUGCAGCCUCCUGUGUGGUAACGCCAGUCAGUGGUGGUGCAGCGGGACCCCAGCUGAAUAACAACCAGCUGUAUAAAUUCAGCUACACCACCGAGUUGCUGGUGGACAAAGCCCAGAGGUCAAAAGAGGGCAGCGUCGGUUACAAGAUCUCCAGUAAUGUGGAUGUCAAUCUGGUGUGGAGAGAUCCCGGCAACAAGGAUGAGCAGUUAAUCCAGCUGAAGAUCUCCAAUGUGAGAGCUGACCCAGUAUCUCAUCGAUCCAUGAAUAAGAAUGUCCUCCAUGGAACCACAAUUGAAGAUUUACUGGGUAAAACAAGACUGGAAGCCCUGACAAAGCCUUUCUUUCUGCACCUGAGAAAUGGAAAGGUUAAAGCAUUUUACUCCUACUGGGCGGAACCUGUCAUCAUCAAGAACCUUAAACGGGGCGUGUCCAGUUUACUGCAACUGCAACUCAAUACGGGAAAAGUUAUCGAGAAUGAUGUGUCCGGAAGGUGCACGGUUGCAUACAAGGCAGAAAACAACAAAGUGACGAGGACAAAGUUCCUGGAGUCAUGUAAGACCGAAGAAACUGGAUUCACCACACACAGCCAGGUUUUGGGUGUGACCCGGAAGUCUAGCUCCAUCACUGUGUUCACAAUCGAAGAUGGUUUCAUCCGCUCAGCCGUGUCCCGAGAAAAACACUUACUGAUUGUCAACGCCCACCGGUCUUCAUCUGCAAAUGUUGUAUCCAGGCAGAGAUUCACACUGAUAGGCACGGAAGCCGGACCUCUGGAGAGUGCUGGAAAAGAUGCGGCCAUGGUUGUCAAGUCUAUCGAUGCCAAGCUAGCAGCUGUUGGUAUCAGAGCAGAGAAGAUGAAAACUCGGUGCAAGACUUGUCCGUCACUCUUCGAACACUGGCAGGCUGUAGAGACUAAACUGGAGCCGGGUAGCUUGUCUAAGGCAUCAGCCCCUCGCAGCUUCCUGGAGCUUAUCCAGAGCAUCAGGAAGGCGACCAAAGGCGAUAUUCUCAAAGUGCUAAAGAGUGCCAGCAAAACAUCUCUUCCUCAGGUGGUGGAUGCUGUCACUUCCUCCCAAACUACAGCAUCUCUGGAUGCCAUGCUUGAAUUCCUCAACUUCACCGAUGCCAAAGGUAUGGUUCUGCAGGAGAGGUUUCUUUAUGCCUGUGGAUUUGCUUCACAUCCUAAUGAGAGGAUGCUUCAGACACUGCUGGACAUUUCGAAAGGAAGGAUUGGUAGCCCUGACAUCAAGGAGUCUGUGGUGAUUAUUAUGGGAGCCCUUGUCCAAAAACUCUGCCAGAAAGGAGGAUGUGACUUAUCGACAGUCGUUGAGGUUAAGAAGAUGAUUCUGGAGGGGCCAGACAGUACACAAGAAGAGUCCGAGGUCCAGAUGUUCCUUCUGGCUCUAAAAAACUCUCUGCUCCCUGAGGCCAUUCCCAUCUUUACCAAAUACACAGAGUCUGAAGUGGGCGCAUACAGCACCAUCGCACUUACCAGCCUGCAGAGAUACGACGUCUCACUUAUCAGUGAUGAGGUUAAAAAGACGGUGAACAGAAUUUACCACCAGAAUCGAAGGAUUUAUGAGAAAAAUGUGCGAGCUGCCGCAGCAGAUGUCAUCCUCAGCAGCAACCCCUCUUACAUGGAAAUCAAAAAUCUCCUGUUGUCCAUCGGACACUUUCCACAUGAGAUGAACAAGUAUAUGCUGUCGAAGAUCCAGGACAUCCUCCGCUUCCACAUGCCUGCCAGCAAAGUUUUGAAACAAGUUAUGCGAGAGAUAAAUUCACACAACUAUGAUCGGUUUUCAAAAUUCGGGUCAUCAUCUGCAUACUCAGGAUUCAUGGCAAAAUCUGUUGACGUUACCUCCACAUACAGUUUGGACAUUUUGUACUCCGGCUCUGGAAUCCUGAGAAGAAGCAAUAUGAACAUUUACGCUGCUAGUAAAGGAGCCACACUACACGGAUUGCAGGUUGCGAUCGAGGCACAGGGUUUGGAGUCCCUCAUUGCCGCCACACCGGAUGAGGGCGAGGGAGACUUGGAGUCAUUUGCUGGGAUGUCGGCUCUGCUCUUUGAUGUCCAGCUGAGACCUGUCACCUUCUUCAAGGGUUACAGCGACCUCAUGUCCAAAAUGUUCUCCAUGACUGGAGAACCCAUGAAUGUGGUGAAGGGUCUCAUUCUGCUCACUGAUCAUUCCGAGGUCAUUCAGUUGCAGUCUGGUCUGAAGGCACGCGCAGAGUUCCAGGGAGGGCUGGCCAUUGACAUCUCUGGUGGCAUGGAGAUCAGUUUGUGGUACAGGGAGUCAAAAACCAGCGUAAAUAACAGGGGAGCAUUAGUGGUCUCCGGUAAUGUUACAGUAGACAUGGACUUCAUGAGUGCCGGUUUGGAGGUCAGCUUUGAAACUGAGGCAUCCCUUGACUUCAUCACGACUGUCCAGUUCUCUGAAUAUCCUUUCCUGGUGUGCAUGCAGAUGGAUAAAACCACCUUUCCUGUCAGUGAGUACACGAAGAAGCAUGAGAGCCUCUCAUCAGGGAAAAGCGUAGUUUCACAAAAGAGCAAGAAGUUCCUCAUUCCCGGCUCGGAAUUCCCACUCCACCAGGAAAACUCAAACAUGUGCAAGAAGGUUUUUGACUCCAGCGGGUAG